AUGGCGGCGGGGUGGGUAAAGUCGUUACAAUGCAAAGCAAGGGCUCGAGACGACGUCAUCGAAAGCCACCAUCUUCAUCUUCUUCCGGCAUCUUCAAGUUGUAGAAAGAGUUUUCAGAGUCUCAAAGACGUUGUGGAGACUACUAAACAAAAACCAAGAAAGCCGAAACCGUCGCAACCACCGCCAACAGAGCUGCCGUCCAGGAAACCUAAAAACCCCGUUUCAAGAAAACCCGAUAAUGUUACCCGGGUCCGAAGCAGUAAUGUGUCAUCCAAUCCCCGGCGACACCCACGUCCUCCUGAUUCUUAUUUUCCGGCAUUGACUGACCUGGCGGAGGGACACCCUUCGCGUAACGUGGUGGAGAUUAUAUUCCAUACGAGCUGGUCACCUAAGGUUUUUUCCGGUCGGAUUGAGAUGGUUUUCAAGGUCCAGAAUUUGGCAAGAACUGUGACCCGAUUCGAGGAGUACAGGGAGUUAGUGAAGUCCGGAUCCGGAUCAACUGAUAAUGGUGGCGGAGGCCACAAUGGCUUCGGAGAAGACCACGCACGGUGUGUUGCAGAUGGGAAUGAGGUGAUGAGGUUUCAAUGCCUGGGAACCACCAGCGGCGGCGCGUAUGAAACCGCGGGUGGCGGACCGUGGUCGUUUCAGUGGGGAAAGGGUGCUGCGUUGUGUACGUUUUCCGGGAGCGGAGUCGCGCAUGAGCGUGCCGGUGGCGGCAGAGGGCGGAAGGCGAUGCUUGUUUGUCGGGUCAUAGCGGGUCGGGUCCGAAAGCAGUUAGAGUUUGACUCGGUUUAUAAUGGACGAGUCGGGUAUGACUCAGUGAGUGGGGAAAACGGCGAGUUGCUUGUAUUUGAUUCUCGUGCGGUGUUGCCUUGUUUUCUUAUUAUCUAUAAAUUGUAA